GGCGAGACUCGGUGUUGGGUGCCCCACGACGCCUUUUAACAACGCUUGGCAACUUGUCCAGAGACAGUUCGCCCCAACCUAUACCGAAGAACGAGCCUCUACCGAGUCUUCCGGUUCCUAUUCUGGAGAAUACCAUGCAAAAGUACCUGAAACAAGUGGAAGCGGUUUGUCCGAAUCAUCUAGAGAGAUCCAAAGUACUAGUCAAUUCAUUUCUGUCUGGACCUGGGCCUAAACUUCAACAUCAUUUGCUAGAACGCCGGCAGAAAAUGGUCAACUGGGCAACUGAAUGGUGGCUCGACGACAUGUAUUUUUCGAUACCUCUACCAUUGCCAAUCAACAUCAAUCCCGGACUUGCUUUAAGACCAAAAAAAUUUUCCAAUCAACAAGAGGCUGCCAUUUUCCUUGCAAGAUUUUUAAUGGAGCUAUUAAAUUAUCAAGAAACUUUAGACAGAAAAGAACUUGAAGUGGAGUAUGUGAAGACCAGAGAUGGCAAGAGGAUGCAACCAUUGUGUAUGGCUCAACAUUACCAAAUACUUCGACUAUACCGCAAACCUGGAGAGGUCAGAGAUGAGCAUAUCGUUUUAGAUCGGACAACUUCUGGAGACCACAUCAUUGUUGCACAUUACAAUCAGUUUUAUAGCAUUCCAGUACGUGCAUCAGACAGAGGCAGAAUAACAGAAAUGGAAAUGAUUCAACAGUUAUUAAAAAUUAUGGAAACUCCAGCAGACCCACGAACACCACCUGUAGGCAUUUUAACAACAUCUAGUCGUCCAAUUUGGGCACGUGCACGCCAAGAAUUAUUAAAAAAUGAGCAGAACCGGCAUAAUCUAGAGUUACUGGAACGUUGCUUAUGCAUUGUUUGCAUUGAUGAAGAUGUUUUACCCGUGACUUUCAAUGAGUCUUAUAAGAAGAACGACUGUUGGAUCAAUGAUCGAGACUAUGCUAAUGUUUUACACCAUUGUUUGCAUGGUGGUGGAUCAAGAUAUCAUGGUGCAAAUCGUUGGUUCGACAAAACUUUGAAUGUCAUACUUGGAAAGGAUGGAAUGUGGGGCAUGGUUUACGAACACUCAACCGGUGAAGCACUAGCAAUUUCCAAUGCUUUUGAAACUUUAACAGAUAAUGUUGAUGCAAUGCAACCUCUUGAAGAGAACUUAGUACCUUCGCAUCUUCCAUCACCUGAGAAACUUGAAUGGAAGCUGUCCGACAGGAGUUUGAAUGAUAUCCGCGAGGCCAUUGCAUCAUUUGAUUCGUUAGUGGAGGAUCUUGACCUAUGUGUUUUAUGGUUUGAUGAUUAUUCUAAAGAAUUCAUCAAAGCUUGCAAAAUCAGCCCUGAUGCCUAUAUUCAACUUGCCCUGCAGUUAACAUACUUCAGAUUGCAUGGACAUCUAGUAGCAACAUAUGAAAGUGCAUCAAUACGACGCUUCGCAGCAGGUCGUGUUGACGUUAUCCGAGCUGCAAGCCCCGAGACUCUGGCAUGGGUCAAGGCUAUGUGUCAAGGUGAUCCUGAGCUACAAAAUGAUACGCAAGAGGAAGGCACCAAAAGAGGACAACAAAUUAAGGAGUUUUUCGACCUGGCAGUACAACGACAAACUAACGAAAUAGCUGAUAAUAUCAAUGGUUAUGGUAUUGACAAUCAUUUAAUAGGAUUGAGAUAUGCUGCUAAAGAAAUGGGAGAAGGAAUGCCAGAGCUUUUCAAUGAUGAAGCUUUCCAAAUUGUUCAUCAUUUUUCUCUUUCAACAUCCCAGGUGACAACAAAGAAUGACGCCAUCAUUGGAUAUGGGCCAGUUGUACCAGACGGUUAUGGAUGUUGUUACAAUGUGAGAAAAAAUGCAAUAAUCUUUUCCAUUUCGGCAUUCCACAGUGAUGGACGAACCAGUGCAAGAAAAUUUGCACAAACCGUAGAAUCUAGUUUAAGAGAUAUGGCAGAAAUGUUAAAGAAUGCACAAAGUACACGAUAAUUUUAGUGCUAAUUAGAAAAUAUACAAAGGUCAAUUUGUUAUUUGCGAUCAUGAUGAUAACUUGAUCGAAGUGUUUAAGAAGUUUAUUGUUGUUUAGAAAAAGAAACAUAUCAAUGAAAGUAUAUAUAAAGUACCUAAAACUGAAGUAUAUGAAUAGAAUUUAUCUUGUAUGGUAAAAAAAAACCAAAGUACUGAUGUGAAAUGUAACAUAUCAUAGUAGGAAUUGCGUUAUCUCGAUGAAUUUGAAUAUAAAAACUUGUUUAGAACUCAUUUAAAAAUUCUAUAUAACAUAAAUGCUGAAAAAUAACUACAAUAGUAGGAAGUAAAUCACGUAGAGGCUUUGUAUCUACAAUUUCUCCUGGUAAAAACAUUUCUAACCAUUAUCUAAAUUAUUUACAAAUAUUUAUACUUUUCUUACAAGCUAAAAUCAUCAAUAUUUUUACAAAAACAAUACUUGUUUUAUGAGAAAAAAAUUAAUAUUACUUUUGAUAAUGAAAUUAAUUAUAUAAAUAAUAGAAAAGUAUCAUUUUGAUAAGAAAUAUUUUUGCCAGGUCUAUCUAAAAAUUUGCCAAUCCUAAAUAUUGGCGCCCACAACAGUAUACUCUUGUCCAAUUUUUAGCGAUAAAAACAGAGAUUUCUCAGAUUUGUUGGAUAAAAAGAGAAACUCGCGUACAAGAAGUCAUAUAGCUACUCAUAUUUCAAUAAUUAAAUCAUCUAUUUAGAGAUUUAUUGUUCUAAAUACUCAGUCACUUGUAUAAAACUGCUGUGAUGGAAUUAUUGACAAGAUCUAUAAACAUAUCUAUCUAAAGUCACAAAUAUAAUAUAAAGAAUGUUUCAUAGUUGAAUUAAAUUUAUUGCAAAUAUCUCUGAUGCAAGCACGAAAGUAACAAAAAAAAAGAGAUAUAUAUAUAUAAAAGAUAAAUUAUUUAUAAAUUACUAUAUAAUAUUGUUCGCUAUAAUUGCUGUUAUGACAAUAGGACUUUUACAUUUUCGGGUAAUUGAAUUAAUGCCAAUUUGAUAGCCCCAACUCUCUAGUCAAUAAUUAGUUUGAUAAGAAUUCUCCCCGCUAAUCAACUUUUUAUGUUUUUCAAGUAUGAAGCUUUAGUACUGCCAAUAUAAUUAAAAAAUUUUCUAAGAAAUGAAAGAAAUUUGCGCCAAUUAUUCUUCAUUCAUAUCGAAAAAAAGAUCAAUAUCUGAUAUAAAAGUUCUUUGAAUGUCUAUUUAAUCAACUAUGACUGGCUGAACAAAAAUUCUCAAUUAUCAUCAUAGUUAAACUCUUUAAUUACUGAAUAAGUAUUUGCCUGCUACUUAAUCUAAAACAAAUAUCUCCAACCUGUUUAACCACUCAAACUCCCAUUUUGUAAAUUUGUCAUCCACUUCUUUCACAUCGAAAAAAAAACGAAUCUGUUAAAUAUAAAAUCACUACUCUAUUUUCAUAAUUGUGGCAAUCUAAAUAUUGAUCUCAAUUCAAAUGAAUUUUUGUUAUAAAAUAUUAAUUUUUAUAAAUAUAUUUAUUUAUUUAUUGUUAAUAUAAUUUAAAAAGUUUUAUAUAAUUAUAAGUUGUUGAAAGAAUAUAAAAAAAUAAUAUGCAAGAAUAUGUUUAAUAUCUAAAGAAUUCGAAAAUAUAAAAGUCCUGUGUAUAUUUUGUUGCAAGAGUAAAAAUAUAAUUAGUUUUUGUUGAAAAAUAAUAAUGUAUUAUAAAAUAUAAUUGUUGAAAAGGAACAUAUCUUCUGUACUUGAUGCAGUGUUAAUUCUAAAUGUAGUUAUAAGUUGAAAAAUGAAAGAUAUUUAACGUUAGGAAUAAAAUGUGAUUGCUUUUACUGCAGCUGAGAAUAUCAUAAACAUAUCAAUUCAUCCUAAUAGUCAAUCUUUAAUUGAUUUGAAAAAUCAGUUCCUUGACUCCAAAAAUAUAUAUAUAGAAAUGUAUGUAAAAAAUGUGUAAAAUCGUUGCAAUAUUAAGGCUUAGAGUGUCUAAUGCCAUAGAUAUGUUAUGAACCCAAAAAAAAAAACAGAAAAAAAAUAAAUAAAUAUAUAAAUAAUCAA